CGUGAAAAUACUCCGUUAAAACGAAAGUCCACCGUGUGUAUUUGAUUGGCUGCCCUGUUGUCUGUUUCAGAAGACGUUGAACGCUAAGCACGAUUCUUCCUUUUUCAUUACAAGAGCUUAUUCGUUGCCGGAACUGUGGUUAUGAAGCUGCAUUUGGGGGGGGAAUGAAGUAUAGCGGUAACCAUCACAUUCUGAACACGGAAAGCUCUAGUAAUGGACUCACUCCUGAGGUGGUAAAAACACUCAAAUACUCCGUUGAGUCUGGGAAGGUGAACAACAAGCUAAACGGGCAGUGACUGAAGACACAGUGACAUUUCAGUUUCUGACGAGAUGCUCAUUACGAGGAAUGAAGUUCUACCUACUGUUUUCAAGCCAGCUAAGUCAUGUGAAUAGGGCAGCCUGUAGUGUGGUGGUUAAGGUCUUUGGGUGCCCCCCCUCCUUGCUGAAUGCAGAAGACGGUAGCAGUCCUGGGAGGGGGCAUAGGUGGUCUGACGGCCUGCUAUCACCUCAGCAAAAGCCCCCAGGUUUCCAAGAUGGUGCUGUUGGAGGGCAGCGGGCGGCUUGGCGGCUGGCUGAACUCCACGCGGCGGGAGGACGGGGCCGUGUUCGAGCGCGGGCCCCGGGGGGUGCGCCACGUCGGGGCUGUGGGCCGCAACACGCUCAACAUGGUUUCAGAGCUGGGACUGGAGAGCGAGCUGCUCAUCGUUUCGCAACAAAACCUGGCCUCAAAAAACCGCUUCCUGUACGUGGGGGGGCAGCUUCACGCCAUGCCCACGGGCCUCGGCGGGGUGAUGCGCACCACCCCUCCCUUCUCCCGUCCCCUGGCCCUGAGCGGGCUGCAGGACCUGCUGGCCCCCAGGGGGCCGGAGGAGGACGAGACGGUGCACUCGUUUGUGACCCGGCGGCUGGGCAAGGAGCUGGCGGACCUGGCGGUAGACUGCCUGUGCCGGGGCGUGUUCGCGGGCGACUGUCGGGCGCUGAGCGUGCGGUCCUGCUUCCCGCCGCUCUUCAACCUGGAGAGAGCACGACGGUCCCUCUUCCUGGGAAUGCUGUUCGGAGCAGGUGGUGACACGGGCACGGACGUGCCACCGCCCCCCUCAGCCCUGGCCCGGAGGUCCCAGGAGGAGAAGUGGGCGCAGUGGUCCCUGCGCAGGGGCAUGCAGGCCCUGCCCGAGGCCCUGGGGGAGAGUCUGAGCCGCGGGGGCCGCGUCCAAAUCCACACCCAGGCCCCCGUGAGGCGGCUGGAGCUGCGGGCCGGCGGCUGGGAGAUUACGCUGCCUGACGGCACCGUGACGGCCGACCACGUCAUCUCGGCCCUCCCCGCUCACGCUCUGGCCUCAGCACUGCCCCCUACUGCCCAGCCCCUGUCAGAUCAGCUGCGCCAGAUCGCCAUGGUCACCGUUGCUGUGGUCAACCUGGAGUACGAGGGUUCCGUGCUUCCUGUCCCAGGUUUUGGUCACCUGAUCCCCUCUUCUGAGGACAGAGGUGUGUUGGGUGUGGUGUACGAUUCUGUGGCCUUCCCCCAACACAACCGCCCAGGAGCCUCAACAACCAGGCUCACGGUGAUGAUGGGAGGGGCGUGGUUCCAGGAGGUGUUCGGAAACGCGGAGGACGUGACGGAGAGAUGCAUUGUGGACCGGGCGACCCAGGCGGUGCGCGCGCAGCUGGGGGUCAGCGCAGAGCCGCUGUGGAGCUCCGCCGCCGUCCUCAAGGACUGCAUUCCUCAGUAUCAUGUAGGACACUGGAAAAGACUUGAAAAUAUCAGGCACUACAUCAGCCACCACAACCUGCCACUCACCCUCGUGGGGGCCUCCUACGAUGGUGUCUCGGUCAAUGAUGUCAUCUUCGGUGGACGGAAGGCCGCGGAGAGCCUUGUUGGGGGGGCGUAGGCAGCCUGCCGCAUCAGCUGAGGAUGAGUCCUCUACUUGAGCACUUGUCUGCCUCCGCUUCUCGGCCAUUUUGUAAAACUCUGCUGUUUGGGCACAAGUGUCUGGUCCCAUCCUAGAAGCACUAGGGAGGGUGCUGGUUUUGCUCUCCCGUAACUAACGCCACCACCACCGCUCAUUAGCUGACGAACAUAAUCAUGUUCAUACUCGGCAUUUCUGUUGCGCUUUUCAUAAUCCGAUGGUUCAGUGACGGGGGAAACGCGGCUCAGCCGACACCAAUGUGAAGCUCAGCUCAGUCUGCAGCAGUAUCAGACACGGGCCGUCUGUGGAAGGCCAAGCCUUCAUCCUUUCACUGCCCUCCCCAGGUCAAAGUUAGUGUCCCGUCGAUGGGCGCUGUGAAUGUUCUAACAGAUGCCGCAUAAUGCUGUGCACCGAAACCCCAAUAUCAAACAGGAUUCCUCAAAUAGUUGGGCUGCUCCAGAUGUGAACUGGUCUUUAGAUUUUUUGCGAUGCUGCCAAUAAGCUCUCGUUAGUGGUAACUGGUAACCUCCUCCUCCCAUGGUAACCACAACCCCCCCAAGCUUGAGCAACAGCGGUGGGAGAUUCCUGAUGCGGCCUGUGGGUGACGGCGUGGAGUGUGUCGGCCUUCCUGAACCGAAUGGUUUUUCUCUCUGCCUUUCGGUAGAAGUGUGGCGGUGUGGUAAUUGUAUGUGCGUAGCCCCAUUCUGAGUUGGGGUGCAUCAGUGCAGAUACUCAUAGCCGCGUCCCCCAGGCCCAGAGCCGCAACCGCCGUAAGAUGGCAUUUCGACCAAUGAGAGCAGCUUGUGUCCCUUCUGUUAAACCUGCGCCCUCCCAGACCAGACCACUGCCCACGACACCGCUCAGCAAGUCAACGAUCAAGUGAAUGUUGGUCCAUUUCCGUCAUUUUAGUGAAAUGGGCCUUGAUUUCUAUUUUAAAAUAACAUUGUACUUGAAAUCUUGAUCUUAAUGGAUUAUAUAAAUGAAAUGUAUGCAUUGUUGUUUUAAUGUAAAAUGCUUUAUUUUUUAACUGUUUGACUACACAAAAUGAAAUGUUUCGUUAUAAUAAUGGUUGGUAUUGGAAUUUUUGCCCAAUUAAACAUUUAUAUACCGUAAAUCCUCAAAUUGUGUCCGGGAUUCUAUUUGAAGCCGGGCCUCGGAUAAUAGCCGGGGGCGUGGUCGAUUCGGACAAAUAAAGGCCGGCCCCCAAAUACAAGCCGGGGUAAUAUUGCCUACCAGUAGGGCUAUCAGUCCAUGAGCACUAGAAGACAUUGUUUCGAUUUAACUCAAUGAAAUAAAAGAGCUCUUCUUAAUA